AUGUCUCAAAAGAAGAAAGCUUCUCAUCCAGCUAUUAAUUUGAUUGCAGGUGGUACUGCAGGUUUAUUCGAAGCAUUAUGUUGUCAUCCUUUAGAUACUAUCAAAGUUAGAAUGCAAAUUUAUAAAAAGACAAUAGCACAAGGUACUGCUAUUAAACCUCCUGGUUUCAUUAAUACAGGGAAAUCUAUAUAUUCUCAAGAAGGGUUUUUAGCUCUGUAUAAGGGGUUAGGUGCCGUUGUUAUUGGUAUUAUACCAAAAAUGGCUAUUAGAUUCUCUUCUUAUGAAUUUUAUAGAACUCUUUUGGCUGAUAAAAAUACUGGUGUUGUCUCUACAGGUAAUACUUUCUUAGCUGGUGUCGGUGCAGGUAUUACUGAAGCAGUUAUGGUGGUUAAUCCAAUGGAAGUCGUUAAGAUUAGAUUACAAGCUCAACAUUUGGCUGCACCUGCUAAAGCUGCAAUGGCUUCACCAGCUACUAUUCAAACUUUGCAAACUGCUGUAGCUCCAGCAAUGAAUGGUUCAGCUACUGCCACAGCUGCGGCUACUGCAACUACUGCAACUACAGCAGCAGUUUCUCAAGUGAAAUACAGAAAUGCUAUUCAUGCAGGUUAUACAAUCAUUAAAGAAGAAGGGUUUGGUACUUUAUAUAGAGGUGUUUCAUUAACAGCAGCAAGACAAGCCACUAAUCAAGGUGCAAACUUCACAGUAUAUUCUAAAUUGAAAGAAUAUUUACAGAAAUAUCAUCAAACUGAGGUUUUACCAUCUUGGGAAACUUCAUGUAUUGGUUUAAUUUCAGGUGCGAUUGGACCAUUUUCAAAUGCUCCAUUGGAUACAAUUAAGACUAGAUUACAAAAGGAUAAGAGUCAUUCCGCAGAUAAAUCUACUUCUGGUUGGGGUAAAAUUAUGAAAGUCGGUUCUCAAUUAUUAAAGGAAGAAGGGUUUAGUGCCUUAUAUAAAGGUAUUACACCAAGAGUCAUGAGAGUUGCUCCAGGUCAAGCCGUCACUUUCACUGUAUAUGAAUGGGUAAGAGGUCAUCUAGAAAAUACAGGAAUCUUCAGCUCCUCAUCUGCACCAAAGCCAAAAGCUCUCAAAUAG